AUGGCGUUCGAUCGCUUGGGUCCGGGUCCAGACGGGAAAUGGAUCUACUACAACGGAUCAAGCGCAGACAAGUACACGGUCGAGAUCAGUUUGCAAGAAAUCGAGCUGAGAAGCGAGGAUCCAGAAGCAACGUUCUACGUGAGUUGGGACUGGCAUGUGCUGCACUGCAUGUUUUAUUGGAAGAAGAUGUGGAGAGCCGAUUUGACAGGCACGACCUUGGAAGGAAGGUACGAUAACGAGGGUCAUAUCAACCACUGUGCGCAAGCUCUACUGAAAAAGGGGGGCCGGGAGACAGAGUUUGGUAUCCCGUUCAAUACCUGA